AUGUCAACGUGGUUUGUAACCAAUCACUACCCCUACUCAGACGAGCCCAUCAAGGCAUGGAAGUCCCUUGCAGGUGAGUACUUCGUCUGUUGCUGUGAUAUGCUGAGUGAACUCGUAGACCAACUGUCUCUCGCGCUCGACGACGCACACACACGCGACACGCCGGUACCCAAGUUCAGUAACCAGCGCAGCAAGCCGUAUGGGUAUACAUACACAUACACGUACACGUACACAUUUCUAACGGGCUCAGGCCUGGAGAUGGCUCUGAGUGGCCUUCGACUGGGGUUCAUGGCACUGGAUAAGACCGUCCCGUGUGCGCGAAGUGUUCUGAAAAUGCUGUUAGACGUGUUGCGCAUGUGGUGCUGCACGCAGCCGUAUCCGUUUACGGACGAGCCCAUCCGCGCGUGGCAGGUCAUUGAGCCGUUGUUGAAUAUGCGUGAGUUGAGGAUACCUGACGUCAAAAGUCUCCGGACGGUGUCACCUGGGCUAUUCCGAUUGGUGGUUAUUUCCGACACCCACGGCAGACCUGUAAAGGACCUACCCCCGGGAGAUAUCAUCAUACAUGCAGGCGAUUUCACCAUGUGUGGAGACACCAAAGAGGUCAAAGAGUUUGCGAACUGGUUUGGUGGCCUGGAUUACAAGCACCGCAUCGUGGUAGCUGGUAACCACGAGAUCACAUUCGAUAUCGAAGGCUACGAACAGCUGUGGCGGGAUAAGCACAAAAUGAAGCGCCAUCACAGAAACAUUAAGAAAUCAUUGGUGGAGCACGAGGGUAUCACUUACUUAGAGGAUUCAGGCGUUGACAUCAAUGGCUACAAGUUUUGGGGAUCACCAUGGCAACCGAAGUUCUGUGAAUGGGCGUUCCAACGGAAGAGAGGGAAGGCAUUGAAGAGUAUCUGGGAUGCGAUACCCCGCGAUGUGGAUGUGCUCAUCACGCACAGUCCACCCGUAGGCAUGGGCGAUCUCACUACCAGGAAGGAACGCGCGGGCUGUGUGGACCUGCUGUAUGCCGUGCAGAAGCAGAUCAAACCGCUGUACCACCUCUUUGGCCACGUGCACGAGGGCUAUGGCAUGUGGUCUGACGGGACAACUGUGUUUGCCAACGCAUCCACAUGCAACCACCGCUACCAGGUGGCCAAUGCACCCAUAGUCUUUGACCUGCCCUACCCCGUGGAGCCCAUGGCCAUGUCCACGAGUGCGGAUUUGGGUACGGGCAGGGAAAUGGACAGGGCAGAAAGAUUAGGCUCACAGUCGACAUCGCGGGGGUCGAGUGCCUCGUUAUCGGGGACUGGCCUACAGGAAACGCUGCUGGUUAUCCAGCGAUCAGCUACAUCCUUGCGUGCGCGAGCCGCGAGUGCCGGUGGAGACACGCCCGGUCGUCUGUCGCCCAUUAGACAGAAGACUGGCGCACCUUAUAUGUCCAGAAUAGAGCAGUCCGUGUACUCCGUAGACGCCCCGUUUACGGCAAAGACUGAACAGUCGGUCGACUCGCCUGAGGUGACUAAAAUAGAACAGACGGUGGACCUGCCUGCUGUGCCGACCAACGGCGAAGCUACUGGCCCCAGUGCAAACACCGCCACCAUCACAACGACUGUGACACACACCGAAACCACCACCACCACCACCACGGAGAACAACACCGAGGUGACCAACGCCAACACCAACACCACCAUUACACGCUCACAUACACACACGCACACACCCACGCCCGCACACGCAGUAGGUAGUCCCGCGCACAUGCACACCAAUGGCAAUACAUCUAAUACAGUGAUGGACAGUCUGACGCCAGACACGCGACGCAGAAGCCGUCCACACUCACCGCUGGCGCGUGUGAGAGUUGCGGCGGUGCGCAAGUUCUCGCUCAGCAGCAAGCGAGCGACGUACCCUGAUGGCACACCCAGAGGCAGCACCAGUAACAGCCCAGGGUCAACCAGAGGCACCUUGCCGCGUGAGGGGAUUGGUAGGGACGAUAAAGGCCUUGCACGCAACUAUAGUGGCGGUAGUAAUAUUAUUAUUCGCAGCACUCGAACUCAGGGUAGUCCGAGCGAGGGCAAGUGGCGAAGCAAAGGGAAAGAACUGGCCCAGAAGAUGCUGGGAAGGCGGCAGAGCUACGAAUCUAAUAUGAAUGGCUCAAACCAGACACUUGGCAUAGACGACGCAUACCGUGGUGUACGCAGACAGGUCAGCUCACCUGUUGGUAGUGUGGAUGGGCUGAGGAAGGUAAAGCCGGACGGAUCACCCCUGGACGGAGAUUAUGAGGAAGAUUAAUAUAUAUAUAUAUAUACAUAAGCACGCAUAUACGUAUAUGUAUAUGUAUACAUAUAGAAUUUUAGUGUGUGUCGCAUUAAAGUUACAAUUAGGGAAUUUAGAUCGCGUAGUGGAUCUAGAUAUCACUAGCUAUUUUUAUGUAUAUGAAUAGCUGCCGUUGUAGUAAGAGACAUUUCUUACACUUGUAGAAUAUGAAGUUAGAUUGUAUAGUAGCGUGUGGUAUGUCGUGCAUCGGUGAAUGAUACGAGGUGGAGUUCGACGGCAUACCCUUGAUAUUGGGGGGAAAGGAGUUAGGGAUAGUUGUCAAUUAAGGAGGACCGAUCGACUAUUUGAAAGAGAGCGAUGAGUUGGAUCUUGUGGAUGCAUGGUUUGUAUCUCUGGCGACUUAGAUAUGACGGUGCCUGCAGAGAGCAGUCAAAUUCUGUAGGCGGUGCGAUGAUGGUCGAUGGUUAUGUAAUCAAGUGGCUUGAGCACUCACCGCACAGCCAGAGAGGGCUGGUGACAGUUGGGGUCAUGGUGUGGUAAUGGUCAAAUAAUGAGGACUGAUGAGAGGCACUGCGAGGAUGUGUGGCUGACGGGCCUCAGUGAUGACGAAUAGAUCAGCAGAAAUGGUGGGAGCAUGCACCGGGACUCCAGAGAGUGCGAGAGCCUGAUGUGGGUGUGUGCCGUGAUGGACAAUUAAACAGGACUGGCGGCAGUCUGGCACUGCGAUGGUUGAGUGCAGGUGACAAGGAGUCUGUGUGGGCGCUAUUGCGAACGGAGAUGGGUGUAGGCAUGCCGGGGUGUGACAUUGCAAGUACUGAAUACUAUGUCUUACAGGCCGCUUACAAAUUAGUAUGAGGCAUGGUUGCCAUAGGAACCAUAUUGCGGCACUGUUGGACAUAGUGAGCAGUUUCGAAAAGCCUGGUGCUGAGAUAUGUUGUUGAGUCGAUAUAUGAUCGUUGUAGGGCCUGAAAUGGAUGAUAUGUAGGACAUGUGCGGAGAUUUCAGGGACCGAAUACGUUAGUAGUAUAGGAUAUAUAUAUAUAUAUAUAUAUAUAUGGAUUUGCAGGGGUCUGACCAAGGUAUCGAUAUAUCGAUGUAAAACGUCUACGGAAAUUUCAGGCUCUGAAUAGAUUAAGCUGCGGUGCGUCCCAGCGAAGCCUCCGAUGAGCCAGGAACACUGCACACGUGGGCGUACACAUGGGAUCUAUGCAGAUUUUAUUUAGGGUUUGAUCUGUGUGGUUGGCGUUCCGUGGCUUAGUUCAAGCCGUUCUGUGGGAUAAGCCCAGAGCAUCGCACCGGCCAAAUCGGGUCCUCAUCAGAACAAAGUGGUGCGUUCAAUGCCAACACCACCACCACCACCUGUGCAUACGACACCAAGGCACUCGAGUCCAACCCGCCAGUGGCUAGUAUGGGUUACACAGGCAUUGCCCAAUAGGCGGGACUGUUCCCUUUAACAACUGCGUGCAUAUUGCCGCCUCUACAACACACUCGCUGCCUGUGGGAUGCCUAGCUUGCAGCUCUACAUGACCUACACUCAAGUCUAUGUGGUGUAGUGCACGAGAAAAUCUCCCAGUGCGCACACCCUGAGACAUAAUCUUCGUCCACGGAUCAUCUACGGGUGGCAGCCCUUCCUUUGUUGACCACGGUGGGGUGUUUAACGAGUUCCAAAUUUCUGGGUCAUGCCAAUGCGUCUGGAGCGAGCAUAGGUGCUAUAAUUGUGCCACCACCGUACAUUCAACACCUACCGAAGGCAAACGAUUGAGUCAAUAUCGGCGCGUCCUCUCCCCGGACUCAGUGCGGGCUCGAAAUGAGGUACUGCAUGUGAGCUUGGUACGAACACCUAACGCUGUGUUGGUAAGGGUUCGUGUAGUACCGUGCCAGGCGGAGACGGGUCUCGAGACUAGUACACGUAUACGUACACGCACAGGAGAUCAUAAGUAGUUGUCUGUUAGAAUAUAAAAUAUGAGGCGGUCGCGCCAUGGGGCAUACGGUUUAGAAUAUAUUAUUGAAGUGGGAACAAAUAUGUACUAGUCCAAAAAGAGGAGCUUGUGUGUUGCUGUACACCAUUUUAUAACAGACGAACAACCUUUUCUAAGGACGAAUUCAAAGCUUGGUAAUAUAACCAUUCUAUAAGGAGGGUCGGUAGAUAUAGGGCCAGACUACUGUGUCCAUAAGGAGUGUCGGUAGAUAUAAGGCCAGCCUAGUGAGUCUCGUGCAUGUAUGUCACGUUGGGGGAAGGUCGCGCAAGUCAUGGGCAGUCAGUCACAAGCCACGGCAGACGACGCAUGACAUAUGCGAUUUGGAUAUGCUCAUAUGUUUGCCAUCGGCGGCUACCUUGGUUGAUUACAAGGACUCUGUAGAUCUUCAGCCAGUACUCGCCCGUGGUGAGCGAACUGGUGGGGCUGCCCAGAAGAUGUGCACUGAGAGCGGCUUUGACACCGCAGAGAACACAGCUGAUGCCAUGCUCGAUUAUCUAUAUUUAAAGUUGUAAAUAACUAGUAAUUCAAAUCUAAUACGUGUGCUGGAUAAGUUACUUCAGUAUAUAAUCUGUGCACCUUCAGAAAGCUACCUACCGGACUACAAGAUACAGUGGCUGGUAGUGACUAGUAAUUAAAAUCUAAGGCGUGUUCUGGAUAAGUUACUUCAGUAUAAGCCGUG